CCUGUCAAGUGGCAGCAGCAGCAGCACUGUGGAGAGACCCGUCACAUGACUGCGGGGAUAUGGAGGUGUUUUUCUUCAUGCCCUGAGUUUGAUUAAACUAAAAUCACAUCAGAUUAUCGGCGCUACAUUGUGGACGGCCAUGGAGAAAUUAGAGGCUACAUCGCAGCUCCAGUCACGGCUGUCAUCACUGUCUUUCUCGUCUUUCCCCGGAGUCACAGCCAAACAGUGCGACAACAGACCACCGGACAGGCUGCAGAAUACAAAUCUUUCAGAGAGCUUUACUCAAUCCAAAGACAGUAUGGAUGACACCAAGGAGGAUUCAGGACAUCUUUCUGAGGGUAAUGAAGAGGCCCCUGCUGAGCUGGCCCUGGGGGAAGGAGGCGAGGAGAACAACAGCGCAGGGAGCUGUCAGCUCUCUGCUGAGAUGAAAGCCCAGAUGCCACCCCUGAACCCCCCGACAACUUGGACAUCUGCUGCUGUGAAGGAGUUAAAGGCAAAGCUUCGAACAGAGAAGGACAGUGUGGUGACAGUGUACCGAGGCGACAUCAUGACGGUCCACGUGCCCACUGUGCCUGAAGCCACAAAAGUGUGCUGGGAGUUUGCCACAGAUGGCUACGACAUCGGCUUCGGCAUCUAUUUCGACUGGAGCCCCGUGACGAGCCGGUCCAUCACAGUCCACAUCAGUGAGUCAAGCGAUGACGAAGAUGAAGAGGAGGAGCUUGAAGGGCCCGUCAGCAACGGAGAUGUCGAGAAGGGCUCCAAAACUCAAACCAAUUCUAACCUGGCUGAAAUCCUACCUGUGUACCGCCAGGACAGCCACCUGUCCGUGCUCGCGGGGAGCCACGAAUUCCCAGGUGAAGGCACUUACCUCCUGAAGUUCGACAACUCCUACUCCCUUUGGCGAAAUAAAACUCUUUACUACAGGGUUUAUUACAGUGCCUGAGAUGCCAAUUUAUUGCUUAUGAAUGUAUGAUUUACUGAAGAACAUUACUCUUAAGAACAAUGAACUAUUUUUCAUUCCACACUUGGUGGCAGAAGGCCGGGGCAAAAAUAAAAUUCUAAAA